AUGAGGAGGCUCUCUGGAUCGAGUCCCAAAACUCAGCCUACCAUUUCUCACUAUUUCAGUCAACACACGCCAUUGGCCAAAAGGCGGACUACAGGUGCUGACAACUCGCCUAUCGACUUGACUGUUGAGGACGGCCAGGAUGACUGGGAGAGACCUCCAGGAAAGCGGCUUAAGUAUAGUCACGACGUCUCGGAUCCUUCCACUUCUGGGAACAACUCCUCGUCUGCAGAACAAUGGCGCUUUGAUCCUUCUCAGCUAUCAGCUCCUCACCUCAAGGGUUCCCCGGAGUCGAGGAAAGCUGAGGAAAUCUCGAAAAUAAAACGUCGCGAAGAGUUCAAAAGAGUCCUUCUCGGAGAGAAUAACGUCUUUAUCGCAGGUAGAGGUAGAAAUGACGAUCGCGAGACCAUAGAAGUAGGUGAGGACGGCGAGAAGGGUGAAGAUGAACAACCUCAGGAGCUUUCUGGGGAUGAGUCAGACAGGGCUUUCAAGAAGCUGAAUGAAAUGUUCUCACACAAGUCGAGCAAAGGGAAGUCGAAGCGUAAGAUGGCUACAGGCACUAAAGAGAAAGCAAUGGAGGAGGAAAUUGGACCCGGUGGCCAACCUUAUACACCUUCAGAAAAACAGGUUUUACAAUUCAUACGCGAUAACCCAGGGACGAUGCUAAUGGUCGAGACCGGGUAUAAGUAUUACUUUUAUGAAGAUAGCGCUAAGAUAGCGAGCAAAGAACUAGGAAUUGUAUGUUAUAUGCGUCGUAAUCUCUGGACGGCGUCGGUUCCCGUUCAUAGACGUGAUUCGUAUAGAUUACUCUCCCAGGGGCACAAAGUAGGGAUAAUCGAGCAAGUGGAAACAGCUGCAUUGAAGAAAGUCAGCGAGAACAGGAACACAUUAUUCCAACGAAAGCUUACUCAUUUGUAUACAGCGACAACGUAUGUGGAUGAAAUGGACUCCGUCGACGAUCUCGAUAAACACACUUCACCAUCACUAUUAUGUCUUGUUGAGCAUUCCAAGGAUGACACACGCUCCAACGAUGUAUCUAUAGGUAUGAUUUCUAUCAGUCCUCGCACAGGAGACGUCCUUCCUCCAAAAGAUACAUAUAUGCGUAUUGAUCUUGAAACUAGAUUAGUGCAUACAAGGCCCGCAGAACUACUUUUGCCUCAUGAAGGGCUAAGUAAAUUUACUGAAAAAUUAUUAACUCACUAUACCGAAAGUUCCACGGAAAAUAGUAAACCAAGGUUGGAGCGCUUCAAUGACACAUUGACUUAUACCGAGGCUUUUGAUUUUGUUUCCGGCUUCUAUGCUGAUAAAUCAAAGGGAAGGUCUGGAAAUGUUGACCCAGAAAAACUACUCGCAUCUGUGACCGAUUUCCCACAGCAAGUAGUAAUCGUUCUAGCUCAUGCUAUCAAGUACCUUUCGGCGUUUAGUAUUGCAGAUGCUUUUCUUGGAAUAAGGUUCUUCAUGAGAUUUACAAACAGAACGCACAUGCUACUCAAUGGCAACACAUUGGUCAACCUGGAAAUUUAUCGGAAUGAAACGGAUUUCACGACCAAAGGCUCUUUGAUGUGGAUUUUAGACCGCACAACCACUAAGUUUGGUGCACGGUUACUCAAAAGUUGGGUGGGUAGACCACUCGUACAUAAAGAGAUUUUGGAAGAGAGGAUGGAUGCUGUGGAGGAAAUUAUAUCCAGUUCAUCGGAGCGAUUGGUGGCUCUGAAGCAAGUUCUGAAGAAGCUACCCGAUCUUUCCAAAGGUUUGUGCCGCAUUCAAUACGGCAAAUGCACGCCUCAGGAACUUGCAACAUUACUUCUGGCUUUCAAGAAAGUUGCCACUGUAUUCGAAGGUUGCAAAGACAGCGCGGAUGGCGGCUUUCGAGCGAAACUCUUGAAAGAACUUGUCAUCUCUUUGCCCAAGCUAAAGCAGCCCGUAAUGGACCUAUUAGGAUCCAUUUCUUUGCAAAAGGCAUUUGAUGGGCGGAAGGAUACACUCUGGUCUGAUCCUGACAAAUAUCCUGCACUUGAUGAUAUGGCUAUGGCGAUCCAGGCUGUCGAGGCGGACCUCAAGGAAGAGCUGAAGUCUAUUCGCAAGGUACUGAAAAAGCCAUUGUUACAAUGGACAACCUUUGCUGGAGAAGAAUAUCUUGUUGAAUUGAAGAAAACAGAGAAUCGGGAGGUUCCACCGAACUGGUUUAUUGCAUCUAGGACUAAGUAUCUGACGCGAUACCUGACCCCUGACGUAAAAAAGAAAAGAGACGAACGCGCUCGAUAUAUGGAAUCUCUACAAGCUGAGGCCAUAAAAGCUUUCGAGUCGUUUUUGAAUGACAUCGUUCAGGACCAUUAUACUGUGAUCCGGGAUGCUGUAAACAAAUUGGCUAUUGCUGAUUGCUUGUUAAGUUUUGCACAAGUUGCUCUUCAGGAUGGCUAUGUCCGGCCACAAUUCACAGAUGAAGACAAGUUGGAGAUUAUUGAAGGACGUCACCCGAUGGUUGAGGCCCUUAGGUCGGAUCCUUUCGUGCCGAACUCAAUAGACAUGGGAGGGGACGAGCCUUCCAGUAAGAUCAUCACUGGGCCAAAUAUGGGAGGGAAGAGCUCUGCUGUCAGGAUGGUUGCUCUCAUAUCUAUAAUGGCUCAAAUUGGAUCUUACGUUCCUGCAAAGUCUGCUAGAUUGGGACUACUUGAUAGCAUCUUGACCCGGAUGGGUGCUUCGGAUGAACUUGAUCGAGGGCGUUCCACCUUCAUGGUGGAGAUGGCUGGAACAAGCGAUAUUCUGCAAGCCGCCACGUCAAGGAGUCUCGUUAUACUAGACGAACUUGGAAGGGGAACUUCCACAGUGGAUGGUAUGGCGGUUGCUCAUGCUGUCCUGGAGCACUUAGUGCGGAAUGUCCAUUGCAAAACGUUGUUUAUUACGCAUUAUCCUCUUGUGGCAGUUGAUCUGGAGAGGAAAUUCCCUAACGCAAUCCAAAACUUACACAUGGGAUAUACUGCUGAGACACGCAUAAACGGGACCAGGGACAUCACCUUUUUGUAUCGCUUGAUUCCUGGCAUUGCUGCUGAAUCAUUCGGAGUAGAAUGUGCCCGCCUAGCUGGUGUCUCUGAAGAAAUCCUUCAAGUUGCUACAGAGCGUUCCCAAUCAUAUCAAUGUACCAUCGAGAAGCGGCAUGCACAAAACAGGUGUGAAUCCUCCAACUAG